AGAAAUUCGUUUGAAGUACACGUCGUCGUUUGGUCUCCAUGCAGAUCGACAGCACGAUGUUGAAGCGGGCGAAGCCGGACACCAGCCUCUGUCGCGUCUGCCUGACCGUGGAUCAUAACAACCAGUGCAUCUUUAGCAGUAACUGGGACGAUCCGGAGGGCCCAUCCGGGUCCGAGAAGUUGCAGCUAUGUUGUGGCGUGGAGGUCCUGGAGGAUGACGGCCUGCCCACUAGCAUCUGUCUCGAUUGCAUUGUAAAAAUUAAUGUCGCCUAUGAAUUGAGGAAACAGUGUCAGAAGGCGGAUAUAGAACUCAGAAAGCUGUAUGGGAAAGCCUUGAGGACAAAUGUUGCUGGCAGCUUUGUCACUAAAAAAGAUCAGUACUGUCAAACGGAGCAAUCUUUUGGAUGCAGUCUUUUUGAUACAACCAAUUUGGAGAACAAUGCGGAGUUAAAUGUGAGUAACGAAGUUAACAUGGACAAAAAUACUGUGUAUUCAAAUAUCACAAGGGAAGAACAAAUAUCAGAUGCCUUCGAGCAAACCAAGCAGGAUGUCCUGAUAGAUACUGAAACAGAUUUAGAUUGUGGUAGUAUAUACAAACAAGUGGAACAUGAUAAGAUAGUUAAAAAGGAUAUUUAUAGAACGAGAAGAUUAGCUAUGUUUAAAAGAGUCACGUCUAUAGAAAAUUUGCGGAAUCACAAAGAAAGGCAGCGACGGUAUAUCAAGAAGACCGCGAAUGUCAAACGCGAUGCUAGCGACAGUGAAUAUCAAACGAAGGCGAGAAAUGCCUGCGGCAGGACGGACAGGGCAACCGAGCUCGAAUUACAAUACAAAUGUCAGAAAUGUGAUAGAUUUUAUUCCAGUAAAAAAUCUUUGGAUAGACACGCGUUGACCCAUAAUGAUAAAGAGUUCAAAUGCGACAGCUGUGAUAAGCAAUUUUUCUGUCUGGAUAAAUUGCACAAACACGUUAAUUUGCACAGAGUGAAGGAGAAGCCGAAACCAGUGAUAUGUAAGAUUUGUAACAAAAGCUUCAGGAAGAUUGACACCAUGGUCAGGCAUCUGAACACUCAUAAGAAGGCAUAUCCCAAGGACGUUUUCUCUAUCUUGAAAGAGAUACGGGAUAGAAGAAAACUAGAAAACAAUCCAGAAUCUCUUGAAACGUCAUUCACGAUUGACGAGGACGAGGAAGUGGCGCAUGACGGACGGCCACAUAGUGAAAACGACGGUACGACGAGGGAGCUGAGAAAACGUAACAAUACGAGAGUGGAACAGCAAGAUUCGGAUUUGAUGAAUAGCGAUUCGAGCGAUGAUAAAAGCGAGUCUCUCGACGACACGUCGCUUUUCCGUUGCAAGCAUUGCAGCAAGAGUUAUCGUACAGAGAGAUCGCUUCAACGUCAUCUGUUGGUACACGACGAGAGGAAAUACGUCUGCAACGUCUGCAAUAUGAAGUUUUUCCGUCAGGACAGGCUCAAGAGCCACAUGGAUCGAUACGGCCACGACGAAACCAAAGUGUGCCCGGAGCCGCAGAAACCGCCUGACGACAAGUCGGCCAUCAAGCUAAUAAACAUUUGGAUAAGGGAGGAAUUGGAUUCCGAUAACGAGGGCAAGGGCUUUCCGUGCACGAUCUGCGGGAAGUCGUACGACACGAAGAAGUCUUUGUUGAAGCAUCAAAUGAACGCGCAUGGCGGACAAGACGAAUGUUGCGCGAGCUGCGGCACCGCGUGUAACUGCGCGUAUAAGGAUCAGGAGAAAUGCAACGAGAAGUCGAAGCCGUAUACUUGCGAGGAGUGCAACAAGUCGUUCGAGAAGGAGAUCAAGCUGCACAAGCAUCUACGAAUUCACGAACGUGCCAAGGAGCAGCACGACGCGAACUUUAAGCGUUUUCUGUGCCACAUAUGCAGUAAGACGUUCCGGCAGAACACUGGCCUUAUGUUCCACAUGAGAACGCACACGGGCUACAAGCCGCACGUGUGCAAGUACUGCGGCCGUGGCUUCACGUCCAACUCGAAUUGCAUCAAUCACGAAAGAACUCACACGGGCGAUCGGCCGUUUGUCUGUCAGUACUGUAGCGCUGCAUUCGCUAAAUCGUGCACCCUCAAGGCUCACAUCACCACGCACACCGGCGAGGCGAAUUAUCACUGCAAGACCUGUGGCAAGUCGUUCCGUCGGUUGAAGUAUUUGAAAGAGCACAGAUUUACGCACACGGGAGAGAAGCCGUACGCAUGUAAGAUCUGUGGCACUGCGUAUAGCCAUUCUGGUAGUCUUUUUGUACACGAGAAGAAAUGCAAGGCGCAGUACAGUAAUUAUCAGCCGGGGAUUGUGCAAAAUGCGCAACAACAACAGGUUUCCUACAGUCAAUCCCCUCAGACUACUGGCGGCAUUUCCGUGGCAUCCACUUCUUCGGUUGUAGCGCCUAUCAUCACUACGCUACCUCAGGCUCACCUAAACGUCAUUAACAGCACUAUGAAUGUACAAGCGAACAAAGGUUACAUGGACAACGUUCCGCGAAUGAAUACGCAUGCAGCGACUAACGCAACUACGGUCGUCUCGUCGAGUCUACACUCGAAUGUCGAUAUCUCCGAAAUGAGUUCCGUCGUCAGGAACUUCUCUAUCAUUGGACAAAUGUUUCACACUUAGGCAAGCGUAAAGCGAAACACGCAACAAGGCUACUGUGAUAAAUAUUCUUUUUUUUUUAACAAUACUUGUCAAGACAUACAUUUACACUUCGAAUAUGGCAUAUAUUGUUUUCUUUUACAAUAAUCAAUAAGUAUAUAUGUUUUGUAUUGUACAUCACUAUAUGGGAAGAUGGGUAUAGCAUGUAUAUUUAUAUCGUACGAUUAUUAGAAAUUUUUAUUAUACAGAAUUUUUAUAGGGCAGUAUUCUUAUUGAUCUGUAUAGCUGUUAUUCGGAAAUAUUUGAUAACAUGUUACAUUUUAAUUAUCCAAUUGUUAUUUCUGUAUAUAUGAUCAUAUAAUCUUUAUGCAGAUAAUUUUCGUCUAUCGAAUUGUGCAAAAUUUUGUUAGUUACUUAUGUUUUGUUCUGUAUUGAAAACACAGGACCAUAAAAAAUUGAUUGAGAAUUAACCCGAUAUAUUUCGAAAAGAGCUCAACAUUGCAUUUUAAAAAUAUUGGAUCUUUUACCGCAGACAUCAUCGAAUUUUUAGUAGUGUGCCUUCUUUUAAGGAUAAGCGUCAUAAGGUAAUAUCUUUUACGACUAAUUUUAAUAUGUGAAAAAGUUAUUUUUUACGUAUUAAACCCGCAUUGAUAUUUUUAUUAUAUGUAACGGUUUGCUCGGAGCCUAAAUGCAAUUAUGUUAUUCUAUGUCAUCUGCAUUGUAAAAAGAUGCGUUUUUCUUGGGGGGGGAUUCCAACCUUAUUCUCUUUUAUUCCUUGUGGAGUUGAAUUUAAUGUGUGAAACAUUUAAAAAAUCUUACUAGUUUUAUUUGAUUUGUAAAAAUCAAAUUUUUUUAUGAUCCUGUGUAAUUUUUAUAAAUUUCAUGACAUACAUAUAUUCAGCAAGAUCUGAUUCGUGUAUACGAUAUGAUUAAAUAAAUAAAUUUUGCAUCCAUACAAUU